CCAGGCCCGCCACGAUGGGCUUAUACUCUUCAUACUACAGCUUUGGGCUGCCCACGUUUCUCUCGGUGGUCAUCGCGCUCUACCUGCUCUUCACUGGCUCCGGAGAGGCAUUCAAUGUUGGCCAGUUUCUCGAAGAGACGAGUCCGUAUGCGUGGGCGUCGACAGGAAUUGGUCUCUGCAUAGGCCUCAGCGUGUUGGGCGCAGGAUGGGGCAUCUUCAUUACGGGUGCUUCUAUACUUGGUGGAGGAGUGAGGGCGCCGCGCAUCAGGACCAAGAACUUGAUCAGCAUCAUCUUCUGCGAGGUCGUCGCCAUCUACGGCGUGAUCAUCGGAAUUGUGUAUUCUUCAAGAAUAGCCCCGGUUGCGGACCACCUCCUAUACACGCGGGAGAAUUACUUCACAGGCUUCGCGCUCUUCUGGGGCGGCCUGACUGUAGGCGCGUGCAAUCUGCUCUGCGGUAUCUCCGUAGGCAUUGCAGGCUCGACUGCUGCCCUCGCGGACGCGGCCGACCCGGACCUGUUCGUCAAGAUUCUCAUUGUGGAGGUGUUCGGCAGUAUCAUGGGUCUCUUCGGUCUCAUUGUGGGGCUAUUGAUGAUCGCACAAGCAAACGAAUUUGCUGCGGCAGCAGCGCCUGCCGUCGUUUCGCCCUUCGUACACUAAACUGCGGCGUGGUAAUACGUGUUCAUGUUGUUAAUCAUACCCUCGUCUGCCGAGUCAUAUCUGACAGGACGAAAGGCGACGACCUUAACUACC